AGAACAUAUUUAUCUCCAUUCUAUCUUUCCUGCCUUUCUUGAUGUCUUCUUUGGCAACCAGCCCCCUGCCUUUGUAAUUUUCCCUAUUCAAAUAUUGGUUGGUCACCUUCCUUCCUUACUUGCUCUUAUCUUUUUAUGAGCUCUUUACUCCCACCUGUUUUUUCCAUCUUUUUCAAUAUGGGAGACCUGCUAGGUCUGCUCUAGUACCAUGCUUAGGUCUCCUUUUCUAGGGCAGCAGGAAUAAAGAAGCAUGCUGUUUAGAAUCAAACAAAGGCAGAGGAAACCGUCUUUGUGAUCCAAGUGUGGUUACUGAUAUAGGUUGUAAUUCUUGCAGUUUACUACUGACUUACACAAGUAUUAUAACUAUCUGAAAACAAAUAUUAAUAGAACUUGUUCUGCAUUGACAGACGCGCACUUAAGGACAAAGGCACUUACAAUGCUUGAUGAUAAUGAUAUCACCAUCAACCUGCUCUUGCUGGGAAGGACCCAGAGUGGUAAAAGUGCUCUUGGGAAUAGCCUUCUGGGGAGUUCAGACUUUGACAGCCACCUGUCCCCCAGCUCGUUGACUACAUCUUGCAGUUUUGGACGCAGCUGUCGCAUCACAGGCAUCAUGCGGCGAAAUGGCUGUGAACUCUCUCUUCGGGUUCAUGUACUCGACACGCCAGGAUAUUCUCAUAGCAGCCUGAGCAAAGAACAGGUGGUGCAAACCAUAAAAACAGCUUUGGAUCAACACUUCAGAGAUAAGGGCCUUCACUUAGCCCUCUUAGUCUUGAGAGCUGACUUGCCUCUUUGCAAAGACGAGAAUGACCACACAAUUCAGAUGCUACAGGAACUUCUGGGUCCCACAUGGAAGACUUUUACUGCAGUCUUUCUUACCCAUACAGACAAGGUAGAAGAGGCUGGAUUUAGUGAAGAGGAGUACUUGCAUGCUGCCUCAGAUACCCUGUUAACACUCUUGAGCUCAGUACAACACAAAUAUAUUUUUGUAGAUGACAAGGCACACGCACUCAAACAGAAAAGAGUAACAAUCUUAAGGAAAAUUAUGGAUUUUAUAAGACAAAACAGUUACCAGGUAACUUCUAUUUAGAUAAGCAGUGACAAAAAGAAAUAACUUCAGGCAUUGAAAAGAAUUCAAUGGGAAGACCUAGUUAUGAAUAUUUCUGGUGUCUUCAUGUCCAGACCAAUGCUUAUGCCUCUUUACCACAGAUAAAAUAAACUGUUUAGGCUACAAAAGUAAUUAUUAUUAGUAUUUAUAGUAUGCCUAUAACCAUGGUAUCCACAAGCCAUGACACACUCAGAUAAUAGGUUGAGUUACAAACAGUGCUUUUAAUUUUGUGCCAUUAUGUACUUAGUCACAGAUAUACUAUACAACAUGUUUAUCUUGUAGUUCAGAAGGAGUGCAAGAUUGAGAAAAAUAAAGAUUGUGCAUGCUCUAAACUAUUGUCAUGCUGCUAUGCACUGGCAUGCUGCCACAUUCUACCUCCAAAGUGGCUGUGGCACACUAGUGGAAGAAGCAUUUAUUACAUUUUGUUUUUAACUGCAGUCUUUACAGAGACAAAAUCCUCUGAAGCCCAUGGUUUGUGGAGUUUUCAAAUCCUGAAUGUUGAAAGUUGCUUGAUGUAAAUUUCUCAAUGUUUCCUAAUAAAUUAAAUUAAAUAGUGUGAACUUCUCAAAAAUGUGUGUUUAAUAAGACCUCAUUAGAUAUAUAGUUGAUAAGAUAGUUGGCUCCCAAAUGCUAAAGAUUUUUCAGUGCAUUUAAAAGAACUACUUAUUUCUGGUUGUUCCCACAUGUAUACAAAAUUAGCAUGGUUAUUCUACAGUAUACAGACAUAUACAAACA